AUGUCCUCCCCUCAGAAAUACCCAGGCUCGCCAGUAAGUAUGGCGCGUUUGCAUCCCGGCCUCUUCAAAGAUGGUCUUUGGCGUUGUAACUGCCCAGAUCGGCCAGUUGCCGUCCGUCGCGAAACUAAGAAGAAGGGACCAAACGUCGGGAAAUGGUUCUGGACUUGCGCGCAGCCUCCACAUCUCAAAUGCAGCUUCUUCCUAUGGGCAGAUGACGCCACAAUACGUGAGCAAGCAACCGUUCUUGCCAACUCGCGAUCCGAACUCGACCCUAUCUCGCUCACCCCACAAAGGCGCACCCCAGGGCGUAUGAACAACGGACUACUCACUCCACAGACCGAGCGCAGAAUGAUCUCCGAAGCGUCAGACAAUUUUGGCUGGAACGAUGACUCGGACGAGAAUGAUGAACUUUUCAACGCACUCUCUUCCAGCCAAACAGAGAGCUUCAUCUCGCAACCAAACUUCAAUCCCGAAUCCCCGUUCAAGACCCCCCCGCACCUCUGCGGCUGCGCCGGCGACGCCUUUUUCAUCCCGCUCCUCUCGCACCGAUACGUUCCCUCCUCGUCUGCCGAAUUAUGCAUGACGCCCACGCCUAGCAAAUACAACGAUGUACUCUCCGCAGACUCGAAGUUUGAUACCUCGGAUCUUGCAAAGAGUCUACUCGAUAUUCUGGAGAAACAUAGUGUUGUGUUGCCGAACAAGGCGCAGGACGAGGUGGUCUCGAUGCUUAAUCGGCAGGAGUUGAAGACGCAGGGGAUUAUUCGUGGGCGGGAUAUGACGCGCCUGGCAUUAAAGAAGAAGGAUGGAGAGAUUAAGAAGCUGCAAGACCGUGUUUCUAAUCUGGAAGCUCAGAGGGAACUGGACCGUUCUCUUAUUGAGGGGAUGAAACCGCAUUGA